ACGCGAGGUUAAGGCUGCCGGUCGCGGAGAGAUGUGGUAAGCACGGAGUUUUAAAUUUGCAAGUGCCGAUUUUGCCGUUGGGCCACGUAACUGCACGUUCACGCACACCCUGAAUUAAAACUCCGUGCUUCACCUGCCACGAGAUCGAGUUUGACAGUAGAGAUUUUACAUAGGUCAAAUAUAGGCCGCCUUCUCUGGGGAUACUUAUAUCAGUGGGCUGAGGUCGGGCUGCGGUCCUGCGGCGGCCUGUCGCCGCAUUCGCCAAAAAGCUCUCGCGUGUAACCCCAGAUCAAAUCAGAUAAGAAUUUCUUUGUCAGAUAAGAUUCCCACUGUGACGUUAUUCGAACUCCGAACACCCUUUCUUAUUAGGCGCUCUGCAUUGGAUCUUCUCGCACUUCUCUCAUUAUCCACCAUGUUCCGCUCAGCACUCACAAGGACUACACUCAACUCCAUAAUUGCACCAAAAGCUGCAAGAGCUGGUGUUGCACCAGUGCUCGCCCGUGGUUACCACGAGAAUGUUAUUUCGCAUUACGAGAGCCCAAGAAAUGUGGGCUCUCUACCCAAACACGACGCUGAUGUCGGUACUGGGUUGGUUGGAGCACCUGCCUGUGGAGAUGUCAUGAAGCUCCAAAUCAGAGUAGACGAAAGUGGCAUCAUUAGUGAUGUCAAAUUCAAGACAUUUGGUUGCGGUAGUGCCAUCGCUUCGAGUUCAUACAUGACUGAGCGCGUGAAGGGCCUUACCCUUGAGGAGGCAGGUAAAAUCAAGAACACUGAAAUUGCAAAGGAGUUGUGUCUUCCUCCUGUGAAGCUUCAUUGCUCAAUGCUGGCAGAGGAUGCUAUUCGUUCCGCUAUUCGGGAUUAUCGGGCAAAGCGGAGUAAGCUGAACGAAGGUCAAAAAGCGGGCUUCAUCGAUGUAACGCAAAAUGUGAUUUCCGGGGAGACAGUGGCCACUGCACGACCCGGUCUGUCUGCAUAAAUAGACAUUUUCUCAGGCCGAUGUUUCUUCAUGUGCUGUCGUCGUGCACGUCCCAUCAUUUUGUUGGUUCCUCAUAUCCAUGUUCGCAUCGAUUUUUGCAUUUAUGUUCACAUAUUCUCAAAAUGUCCUAGGUUGGAUGAUUAGUAGUUAGUUGUAUUAACACGUCGCAAUGAUAAUUUUAAUGCUAU